AUGGCUUAUACUGCUGAAGAAAAAGCUGCAAUGGCAGCUCGAAAUGAUCCAGAACAAGACCAGGAAUCCCUGGCAGAAGGAGCAUCAAUUCCAAGCUCUGCAAACCAAACCAAUGAACUUCAUGAUCCUAAUUUCAAAUCCGAAACCUUCCUUCAUACUCUGGGCAAAACAGCUCAAGAGAGACAUGAAUCUAUACUUGCAAAUCGACAUGAAAAGGCUGAAUGGAAUGUUGAAACCUUUGACGAAUUCCAGAAACUAUCUGUCGCCAACCAGAAAAUGGCAUGGACUUUGCACAAGAACAUUCUUCGGGACUAUUUGGCCCUAGCAGAGGACUCAAAUUCGAUACUGGCUGAAAAGGAUGAUGCCAUUCUCCAGUUACAGGAACUGAUCCAGAGCAACGAGCAACAAAUCACAGAGCAACAAACAAUUCAGAAAUAUCUUGAAAAGCAAACCCAACAAGCUCUGAAGAAUGAACCAGGACACCACUCUCACAGUCGACUGUCAGCUCGGAUUCCAGACCCUCCAAUCCUCCACUGGCAGUUCGACAUGUCAAUCCAAGGCUUCGACCAAACUCUACAAACAAAUUGCAGACAGCAGAAGAAAUUCUCGAACUUUUGGAAAAAGUCUUCAGUGAUCCCGAUCGAAGGCACACAGCUCAAACUGAUGUUCUGGGCUGAGUUCCAAAGGCUCACGACAGAGCUUGAUUACUCUGAAGAAACUUUGCUGGAUGACUUGCGCUUCAAAGUCAACCAACAGAUGCAGAAAGCCUUAGUGGCUGAAGUUGGAGCUACUACACUUCACGAGUUUGCAAAGAAAUGCAUGCUCAUCGACCAGAACAUUCAGCGGAUCAAGGAACAAGAAGACAAAAGGAAGCCAAAGUCAUUUUCGAACAACAUGGGCCAAACUCAAAAUCAGGGCCAGGCACUUCGAACUUCAAUCCCUCAACCUACAAUGGAUUCCAACAUGCAAAACAAGACACAGAAGCUGUAUCGACCACCGCAUCAAGAUCCAGCAAAAGAAAUGCUCAUGAAACUUGGGAAAUGCUUCAUAUGCCGACAAAAUGGACAUCGAGCUUGA